CAGCAUACGCGCCAUGACGUCACAGGUCAGCUGACUGGUUUGUUUUGCUGGGGUAAGACAGAAUUCACAGGACGAAGCAACGACACGCAACUGAAACAUACGAUUUCGCAUUAUAAAACACAUAACAGAUUAAGAUUUGUUCAGGGAUAGAAAAGAAACGAAACUAGGCAGGUUUGCCUAAAGAAAACGGUGUCUAAUCUGAUUUUAAACAUGCCUUCGGAAAAGACAUUUAAACAAAGGAGGACAUUUGAGCAGCGGGUGGAGGAUGUACGGCUGAUCCGGGAACAGCAUCCAAACAAGAUCCCGGUCAUCAUUGAGAGAUACAAGGGAGAGAAGCAACUGCCAAUUCUUGACAAAACUAAGUUUUUAGUUCCUGACCACGUAAACAUGAGUGAACUUAUUAAGAUAAUCAGGAGACGCCUCCAGCUCAACUCCAACCAGGCUUUCUUCCUGCUUGUCAACGGUCACAGCAUGGUAUCUGUGUCCACUGCCAUUUCUGAGGUCUACGAGCGCGAGAGAGAUGAAGACGGCUUCCUGUACAUGGUCUACGCAUCCCAGGAGACAUUUGGAACUGCGUGUCCUCAGUAAAAAAAAAAAAUGGCAAAACGAUUGGCAUUCACUCUCGGACAAUGAUACACCUUACCCUGAACUCUAGACCUUUCCUCUACAUAUAUCCCUAUCAACUUUCCCGCCCUCAUCCAGACAGGAACCAACUGAACUUUUAGUCAUUUGGCUCAAAUUCUUCACCAAUUCCAGACAUUAUCCAAAGCUCAAUCCUAACUUCCUACGUCUCAGCCCUUUAACCUCGACUUCCUUCCGUUAAUUUGUGUUUUCAUAAUGGAUGAGGAGUCAUUUGUGUUUAGGUAGUAGGACAGGUUAAGGUAAGUUGGACUAAUGCUCCAGGUUUACUCAACAAAAAGCUUGAACGAAAGAGUUCUUAGCGGUUGAAUUUCCGAAAUGGCAUCUAGUGUAACGUUAGGUGGCCAAAUAGUUUUGGAGGUUAUUCGUUAGGUCCAUUUCAGCUUGGAGGGGUCGUGUUGCUGCCAGCACACUCUGGUGAACUUUAACCCCUCCUGUUGCCCGUCAAAUAUCUUUAUUUUUAGAGUUCGACAGGCUUUCCUUACCCGUAGGAGUGUUUUCUGCUGUUCCAUUUUCCUGUUAGAAGCAAUUCAGUCUUUUCACCUCCCCCUCGAGCUUUUUGCUAAUUGGGUCAUGAGCGUUGAGGUUCUUGGAUUUCACAACUCAUUGGCUAAGUCAAGGUUCAAAACGACGUCCUACUUAACUUGACAUUUGAAGUAUGAUCCGGUGGGACGUACCUGAGGAAAUAAAUAGUAAGCAAUUUAAAAUACAAGAAAUUCUGCUUUGAUUGUAGUGUGAAGCUUUAAAAGUGCAAGCUUAGGAAGGAAAAUAAAAUUAUAAUCAAUGGUACAUUGAGCGAAUGAAUGUGGCUUUAGCGAUUGUGGCCUCAAUCCAUGGACACGGGUGCUUUCUGAACAUCCUUGCUCUUGUAGAUGCACGCUUUUAGACUUUCAAUUUUAUUAGAGGAUUAUUUACGCCUUUAUAAAUACAUAACCGUGAGCUGUCGUAAUCUUUCCAUCUGUAUGUCUUACAGUAAUCUGUACAGAUAAGCAUAGAUGCCUGAGCAUUUAUUUGCUCUUAUUUAAAGAGGGUUUUUUUUCGUAUUCAUGUAAAAAACAUUCAUAUGUGAUACUAUUGUGCAAUUUACAAAAGUGACUGUUUGAAUGAGAGUUUAACUCAUUAUCGAACUAAGAUCAUUUCUGUGUUUCUCCUGCUCAGAUUUACAGCAAUAUCACACUUCUAUUUCUGUUAUUUUAAAAAUAAAAGAGGAAUAUGCA